CUCAGGCCGGACAGGGGCUGGCUGACCCGUUGGCGUCGCCUCAGCUCCCCCCGGCGGCGGGACCGGCGGGCUCCGGCGGGCGCGACUAAGGGGAGGAGACUGCGGGGGGAGGGUUAACAGUGCCCAAGGCCGUCGCAAGCCUCAGCCCGCCCCGGAGGAGGGGGAACCCGGCGGGCGGCUUAGUGCGUGCGAAGCGCGACAUGGCGGCGAGGCCGACAAGCCCUGGUGGCCCCGAAUGUACGGCGAAGGGGGCGGGGCUAGAACGGCCUUGACAACCAUUAGAUCGCCUCGGGCCGGGCAGCUUGGAGACUACAUUUCCCAGAGGGCCCCGCGUGCCGCGGAACGGAAGGGGAAGCGACUCGCGUGCAGUGCGCAGGCGUGAGAGCGUUCCCCAGGUUAUAUAAGAGAGGUGUGGGGGAGUCUUCGUUCUUUUUCGUCUUCGGCGCUCUCGUUUGUAUCUGCAGUGGCCUCUGCUUUACCCUUUGCCGUGCGGGCCCGGGAACCCGGGUUUGCUGCUGUGUGUGGGCAGCGCGAUCAGAGGGUACAGAAUGGAUCUCGGAGGAGGGGGUCGCUGCUGGGCCUCCAAGAGAACCCUCUGUAGAUACCUACAGCCUUCCGUCUCCUGAUCUCUGGCGUACUCUCUACACCAAUGUGGGGCUCAAACUCACAACCUAGAGAUCGAGUCACAUGCUCUACCAACCCAGCCAUCUAGGCACCCCACAGGUAGACGGUUGGCAGAAAGCAGACUUCGAUUGGACCAGGAAUGAGAUGUCGGUUGGGAGCCCUGUGAGCCACAGGGCAAUAGAUGGAUGCAGCCUGAUGUGCUUGGUUCAGUCUGUCCUGCAACAGGUCAUGUGUUUUCCAGUUCCCUCCGUGACCUACUUCCCUCUUUUAUGGACCUGCCCCUGCAGUAGUAAUGAGAGUAACAACGGCUACCGUGUAUCAAGCCCUUACUAUGAGUUAAUUGCAGUUCUUUACAGAUUUUGCCUGCCUCAGUCCUCAUUGUGGCACAAUUGCCAGGGAAGAUGGAGCGUGGGGUCCCUUCCAGGUCUUGCAGCUGCAGCCUGUGUCUGCAGGGGGCGCAGGGGGCACACAUUUCUCCAACUGGUGGGCGCAAAGCCUCCACCCUUGGGCAGGCAAGGGGGAAAAUGGCUUGUCGUGGCCUUGCAGAUAGGCAGAGCCUGUCUCCCACAAGACAGGCAGAUGAAGCCAGACCCUCGCCUCCCCAGCCUCACUGGCAGCUAAGGCAUGUGACCCAGUUCUGACCAACGAGACACAAAGGAAACGUGGCUGGAGGCAAGUGCCAUAGCAUCUUCUCAUAUACUUAUUAACAAUAGCAUGAUUUCAUGUAGUGAUCAGUUGGGGGAGGUGACCCACAGAAAGGCGCAGAAAAUCCAAAGGCCCAUGUGCUGCUGUAUCGUUAGAACAGUCCUUCUCGGACCUUGAUGUGGGCCUCUCCUUAAAAUGCGGAUUCUGGUUCAGCAGGUCUAUGGUGGGGCCCAAGAUUCUGCAUCCCUCCUUCCCUCCCGUCCUUCCAAGAUUUAUUCAUUUAUUAGACAGAGAGAAGAGGAACAGAAGGAGAAGGACAAGCAGACUCCACGCUGAGCACGGAGCCCCACAUGGGCCUCAACCUCACGACCCUAAGAUGAUGACCUGAACCGAAAUCAAGAGUCGGCUGCUUAACCAAAUGAGCCGCCCAGGCGCCCGAGAUUAUGCAUUUCUUGAGACCAAGUUAAUUUGCAUAUCAGGACCCCCCACAAAAACGGAGGCUGCCCUCGUGGUCCAGCCCAGGUCACAAGUCUAACCCCUAAGUCAGCCUGAAUUCAUAAGAAACACCUGUCAAGGAAAUGUAACACACACCAGCCACAGUCCUCCCGCUGUGCUUUAGCUAGCUUACCAUACCCUGCAAAUAGGGCCUCCUAGCCCAUCCUGUCAUUUCAAGUUGACUUUGCCUCUUUUAAGCUCUAUAAUACUCUUGUCCCAAAUCCUUCGGCAACAGUGUUCUACUGCUUGUCUUGUUUCCCCUUGGAUAACGGACAUCAGGCUUGUUACUAGAUUGUUUUAGUUUAUCAUUUGACACUAGGGAGCUCCCCGGGGUUACCAAUGCUGCUGGUUCUUGGACCACAAUCUGAAGAGCCGGGCAUUCCAUGCUUUUGAACACAAAUAGGAGAAAACCCAACUGUAUGUGAUUUAAACCAGAAGGAAAGACAUUCCCAGGAAGGUAGUUAGGGUUCGUUGAUCCAGCAGUUCGACAACCUCUUCAAGGACUCAAGCUCUCUCCCACUUUCCUCUCCGCUACCCUGGGCAGUUUGGGUUUAGUUCCCAGGCUUGUUGCCUCAGGUACACUGGACAGCUCCAGGGGCCAUGCCCAGCCGAGACUGGACUUUCAAAGGAAGAGGACAGCAACCCCUCCCACGCAUCUCUCUAUCAGUGAGAAAAUCUGUCCUAGGAGCCUCCCACUCCCACCCCAGGGCUGCUGAUUUGCACAAGCCAAGGGUACCAUUUUAAUAGCCUACCUGAACGCUGUCUGGGAAGCGCCGGGAGGUCUUCUCCUCGUACCCCUUGGCCAGAAGUGCAUCACGCGUCCAAGCCUAAACCUGCCAUUGGCAAGGGGAGAGGUCCUGCGAUUGGCUUAGACCUGUAGUCCUCAAAGGAAGGUAGCUGGAGCAGCAGUAUCCGGAUCACGUGGAAAACUUGUUAGAAAUGCACAUAAGAGGAUCCACCCCAGACCUACUGAAUUAGCAGGUGUGGGGGGAGGGGCAGCAACGUUUUCACGGGGCCUCCAGGUGAUUCUGAUGGACACUGGGUCAGCCCUAACUGCACAAUAAAGUCACCUGGGGAAACGCUUAAAAUUAUCUGCUCGAUAGGAAUCAGGGGAAUGGCUCCCUCUGGAGGUGGGCUGGGGUAUAGACUGGUCCUGGUCCCUGCCUCCCUGCCCCCCUCGCUUUAGGUUUUAGUACUGAGAGCCCCAUGUCCUGAAAAAACCCCUCAGUCCUGAACAAAUGGGGACAGUUUGUUCACCCUACCUCAAAGGGACCAUAUGGAACUUUUGGGGGAGGUUUUGGAAAUGUUCUGUGCCAUUACCUGAGUGGUGGCUAUGUGGGUGUAUACGUGUGUAAAAAACGCUAAACUAUUCAUUUAAAGUUAGUGCAUUUUACCAAAUGUAUGCUAUACUGUAAAAAAAAAUACAGAUGUCCAGGUCAUAUUCCAGAUCAAUUGAAUCAAAAUCUCAGCAAAAGAUCCCAGGUAUGAGAGUUAUGGAAAAAAGUCUUCAGGUGCUCCUAAUGUCCAAGUCAGGGUUGUGAACUAAUGUGUUCAAAUCACCAGAGGGUUUGUGAAAAGGAGGAUUCUGGCUCAGUAAAUCUGGGAUGGGCCCUGAGACUCUGCAUUUCCAACAAGCUCCCAGGUGAUGUUGGACCAUGCUCUGGGUAGUGAGAGCCAAGUUGAAUCAAAAUUUACCUUUUGGGGCGCCCGGCUGGCUCAGUCAGAAGAGUGUGCAACUCUUGAUCUCAGGGUCAUGAGUUCGAGCCCCACAUUGGGUGUAGAGACUACUAAAAAUAAGUAAAAACUUCAAAAAGAUUACCUUCUUGAUUUGGGAACAGAGAAGGGGGGCAUUUCCGUUGAACAUCUUGGUGCUGGAUAUGGAGGAGGAAAAAAGUUGGUAGGAGAGAUGGAUUAGCUGUGGGGUGGGGAAUUCUUGUGGUGUUAAAGGAACCAAUAUUUAGGGUAAAGUUAGGAAGAAUAGAAGGGCAUACAUGGACAACCACACAAACACAAGCUCAGACAGCUGUUUCCACCCCCAUCACAUGCCAAGAGGUCCAUGUUUGCCUGAGCUCUGGACCUAGCCAAGCCAGGGCUGAGAACCCUAGCCUGGGCUCAGCUUGCUUGUCCUAAAGUUACCCAGGAAGCUAUCCCUCUGGAGAAGCCAAGUGCGGCAGCCAGAGGUGCCCUGUCCUCUGCCCCACAGGCACUGUGGAAACUGAUACAGGGCUGCCAGUUGGUCAUCCAGAUGGGAAGUUGGCAGGGGGAGCCCAGUCUUGGGUAGAGAUUAAUGACUCCAUUAUCUUCCUGGGCAAUCAUCCUGUCCAGGCCCCAGUCCGGAAUAUAGAUAUAAGGUAUAAAUAAAGUCCCUGUUCUGAGGAGCACAUUUUUCAUUGUCUCUGGUUGGGAAUUGGCCCCUAGAAACCCUUGGCUCAAACCCAGGAGAUGACUUUGUUUGGCAGCACGACUUGGUUCAUCUGGGGGCAAGUGACAGGGCUCCUGAGCCCUGGGCUGAGGCUUGGGGUCAAAAGAUGUAUUUUCUUCUUUUUCUUAAACUCAGAAGCAUUAUAUGCUUGCUGCAAACAAAACCAGAAAGCUUCAUGUAAUGUAACAAGUGAUGGUUCUUCCCCCCCCUUCCCACUGCCUGAAAGUAAGUAUGGUUCAAUUGGUUAAUAUUCUUUCAAACAUGUCUUUGGUUGUUGGUUUUUCUUUUGAGUCAAUUUUUUUUUCUCAAUUUGCUUGAGGUAUAAUUGAAGUACACGAUAUGGCACAUAUUUAAAGUAUAUAAUUUGAUUAGUUUUGACCUAUGAAAACACCCAUGAGAUCUUCACCACAAUUAGGAUAGUGAACGUAUCCAACACCCUUCAUAUCGAUCAUCUACCCUUGUGCCUUUCUGCAGACCCCACACCCUCCCUCCCCUACUACUGACCUAUUUCUGUCAUUAGAAAUUAGUUUGCAUUUUCUAGAAUUUAUGUAAAUGGAAUCAUACAGUGCGUAGUCAUUUUUGGGGGAGUGGGGUCUGGCUCCUUUUAUUCAACAGAGUGAUUUUGAGAUCCAUCCAUUUGUUCCUUUUUACUGCUGAGUAAUGUGGAUGGACCACAAUUUGUUCUCCAUUUGUCUGUCGAUGGACUUUUUAGAUUGUUUCCAGUUUGCAGUGGUUACAAAUAAAGCUACUCUGAACAUUUGUGUACAAGUCUUGGUGUGGACAAAUGUUUUUGUUUCUCUUGGGUAAGUGCCUACGAGUGGAAUGGCUGGGUGGUAUCAUAUAUCACGUGGCAGGUGCAUAUUUCACUUCUCAGGAAAUUACCAAACUGUUUUCUAAAGUGGUUUACCGACUUUUACUUUC